AUUAACUCUUCUGAUCUCUCACAUGAACUCCUCUGCUUCCGUAAUCCGACAAUGGCUGCCGCAGUUCCGACGGUGAAUCUCCUCCACCUCCCAGCUAAGUCUUCCGAGCUGCGCCUCUUCGUCGCCGGCGCAUACUCGAUUCUCCGCCUCAGAACCUCAGGAUUGUGGUCGCCUGUGGUGGCUACAAAGCAGCCGAGUAUUGAAGCCGUUAGGUGUUUGACGAAGCCGGAGAAUUUGUCUAGUGAUGAGGAGGAGGAGGUUAGGGAAUCGCAACAGGACUCCCUCGAUGCGGCUCGUCCUGAGGUCUCCAACGGUUCCGCCGUUUCCAAAACUCUCGCCGGAGAUUCUCUGUCCCUCGGCAUUCGCGAACCUGUUUACCAGGUAGUGGAAGUAAAGUCAAGUGGGAUGGUUUCAACUAGGAAAAUCAACAGAAGGCACCUACUGAAAUCUAGUGGUCUCCGCCCGAGAGAUAUAAGAAGUGUUGAUCCAUCAUUGUGGUUAACAAAUUCCAUGCCAUCUUUACUGGUCCGCGAGCAUGCAAUUCUAUUGAAUUUAGGCUCUUUACGGGCCAUAGUAAUGCAGGAAAGUGUUCUUAUAUUCAACUAUAACCGUAAAGGAGGAAAAGCUUUCAUUGAUGCAUUGUUGCCCCGGCUAAAUCCUAAAAACAUGAAUGGAGGCCCAUCAAUGCCAUUUGUGCUUGAGGUGGUAGAGGCAGCCUUGCAUUCACGGAUACAGAGAUUGGAGCAAAGACUAUGGGAUUUAGAACCUCGUGUGCAAGCUUUACUCGAGGUUUUGCCUAAUAGAUUGACUGCAGACGUGUUGGAGCAGCUCAGAAUUAGCAAGCAAACAUUGGUUGAAUUGGGUUCUAGGGCAGGUGAUCUCAAACAAAUGCUGCUUGAUAUUCUUGAGGAUACCCAUGAAAUACGUCGCAUCUGCAUCAUGGGUAGAAAUUGUACCCUGACAAAAGGAAAUGAUGAGAUGGAAUGUGCUGUUCCUCUUGAAAAGCAGAUUGCAGAGGAAGAAGAGGAAGAAAUUGAAAUGCUUUUGGAGAACUAUCUUCAAAGAUGUGAAUCUUGUCAUGGUCAAGCUGAAAGGCUACUUGAUUCUGCAAAAGAAAUGGAAGACUCAAUUGCUGUUAACCUAAGCUCGAGGAGGCUUGAGGUAAGCAGAGUGGAAUUACUACUGCAGGUUGGGGCAUUUUGUGUAGCUAUUGGUGCUCUGGUAUCAGGUAUAUUUGGCAUGAAUUUGAAGUCCUACCUUGAAGAACAUGCGUUUGCGUUUUGGCUGACAACAGCAGGGAUAAUGGUUGGUGCUGCUGUGACAUUUUUCCUCAUGUACAGAUAUCUGAGAAGAAGAAAGAUACUGUAAACACUAGCCAAUUUAUCAAGUGAAGUAUAGAAAUGGGGAGAUUUGGCUGCCAACUGCAUGUAAGGGCAGGAUUGUUGGUUAAAUCCUAGAGUUUGCAUUUACCAGAUUAUAUAUUAAAACUCGUGGAGCAAUGUCUGAUCCAAGCAAAGGAUGCUGAGCAUUGUUAAGUAGGAUGUUGCAGACCUGCUCCCAAAGGAUUCCAAUGCUAAUUUAUAGCGUGAUUGUUAGGAGGGUGAUCUUCACUGCCUGCCACCCCCGACUCGCGUGCACUCCUGGGGAAGGGAAAA